UAACAUAGUGCAAAGCCGAUCAUAUUUUAUAGGACAAAUUUUGUUAAAUUUGCAGGUCGUAGCAGUUAGAUAUUGGUUUAUUGUGAAAGAAAUUAAGUGCAAGAUUGGUCAAAUGGUGAGGAGUCCGACAAAGUCAAGGCUCACAGAUCAAUGCGCAUUCACAGUUUGAAAGCCCCGCUUCUAAAAAUAGAAGGACAAUUUCAUUUUCGAGAAAUAUCUAAAACAAGCCAGCAGUCCAUUGACAUAAACGUCACACUGAACAAAGCGAUGGACCGGGAUCCCUACCAUGAAGCCUGGAUGUCUCUGCGCCUGUCCCGGGUCCUGGACGAUAUUGGUGCCAAUCGCCGGGUAGUGAUGAAAAGGCGGGAUACAUUCCUGCUCAGAGAGGCAAUAGAGACCCUGAUUGACACCAUAUAUGGGAUAGGCACUACGAAUUAUCACUUUGGCAGCCAGUCAGAGGGUUCUACUACACCAGGGAUGAAUUCAGACAUUGACUUGGUUAUGUGUUGUAAUAAGACCAACAUAAUGUCAGACUGGGUAGACUGGGAAGCCGGAAUGAUUAAUUUCCUGAUGGUAAAGGAAGAGACAACUCCACCACAACACUACUGGCUACAGAUCAUCAGACAAGAUUCUCCAGAACCUAUCAAGUAUAAUGGACAAAUGGAAAAAGGACCUUAUGUAGAUGGACGGUUUUUUUUUAGUAACAGAAACUGGCAUGAAGGAGGUGUAGACAGAUUUGGAAACAGAUAUAAAAGCAGUGGCCCUUCAAGAAGUUUUUCGGACAAGUGGGAUUUUGUUCUUGCUUUCAAAUGUAAAGUUCUCCCACCGGAAGUUGACCGGUGGUUCCGCCGUCCAAGAUGUGGCCAAUGGCCUACACCUGAAAUGAUGAAGGAAGCAAGUGAAUGCUCUUGUUUUCUUGUUCCUGUUGGACACUUCGAAAGUCGGAAUGAAGAUAUUGAAUGGCGAUUAUCACCAAGCCAAAUAGAAAGGAUUCUUGUUUUCAGUUUUACAACAGUGCAGUUAAAAUGCUACGUUAUCUUAAAGAUGAUAAAAAAUUAUAUAAAUGAACAUUAUUUUAGUAUUCAUAGUAAAUUUACCUCGUUUCAUUGCAAGACCGUCAUGUUCUUUACAAUGGAGAGACUAUCGCCGGCGGAGUGGAGAGAAGAUCGGCUUACAAAGUGCAUACAUUAUUGUUUGCAAACACUAGAAAUGUUCUUGGUGAGGUGUCAUUGUCCAAACUAUAUAUUUCCUGAAGUCAACCUGUUCGAAGGUAAAAUUACUCGACGGUACCAACUGUUAUUAUUUGACAAAAUAAAAGAGUUCUUGAAUGAUGACCUGAUGAUACUGUACGAUUUGCAGGUUGAUAGCAUAGGACAAAGGAUCCAAAUCCCUACAAGAAACAUACUAGUGCCGAGAUCCUCAUUAUAUCAAACGAUUAACAACGUUUUGGCAGGCGAUUUAAUAGAAUGUGUAAGUGGGAUCUUCUUAUCAACCAUAAAGAACGAAUUAAAUCCUGUAACUUUUCGACGAUUUCUUACUGCUUUAUCUAUGCAUGAGGAUGGCAACACUAUCAGUCGAAUGUCUCGAAAUGAGAGACAGGCACUUUCAGUGUUUCAGCCGCACAUUUACUCAUUGUUUGCAUCCGUUAACGCGUCCUAUGCAAUAGAGCAUGGCAUUCCAUUGAGAUUAGAAAUAUUUCAUUUCUAUGAUACUUCUCUUGACACCGACGUGACGUCUAGUAGACUCAGACUAGCGUCCAUGUUAUACCGCAAAGGAGAUCUACGUAGGGCUGCAGACGUGCUGAAUGACGUUGAACGUAGAUAUGACAACAAUGUACAUGCAGUUUGUGGAUGUGGAAGAAACUGUGGAAAUGAAUUAACACCCGCGUUUUUAAAUGAAAGGACAGUGAAUGAUUGGAGUUACGAUAUUGUCAAAAAUAAUGUUGCACUUUGCGUUUGGUUUACUCGGUUAGAAGUGUUUUGUGCACCGCCGAUUAUGUUAUUUGAAAUGAAUAAGGCGAUGGCUGAUGGCAUGCGACGCACAACAUUUAAUGAACAACACAAGAGCAUAGAAAUGGGCGUGGUGGACUCGAAGCCAUUCCUUUUCUACCUGCAGUACCUGACAUAUGGCAGUCUCGGUCUACGCAUCAGACAAUAUAACGCUCUCAAAAACUUAUAUGAAUGUAUCAGUAUACCAGCGAAUGAAAACAAAUUACACCACAAUGAUACUGCUGCCAACCUACUGGGUCACUGCUGGGAGAUGGAGGGGGACAUUGAGAUGGCACUCGAGUUAUAUAGGGCGUCAGUCAGAGUCGUGCCAAGAAACAACGCAGCAAUCUGGCACAUCAGACGACUAACAGACACCAUAUAGAAACGUAUUUGUUUGGGACAACGAUGUUUAUCGUGCAUACAAUGCAAAUACUAUAUACCAUUACCAAACUUAAUUAACGUUGACACGGUUAUUUGUAUUUACUUUGUAUUUUAUUAAAUGAACUUUGGAUUUGUAGAGCAUGCAUAGCUUGGAACCUAAACGGGUAUGUCCACAAAUUACUGACAUUACUUAUUGUUUGAACAAAGCACUUCAGUUUGUGUUGAAAAUACCAGAUAUCCUCAAUUGAAUUUGAACAUAUUGUAUUAGUUAAGACAAACAUCGUAUAACAAUUAAGAGAAGAGCAAAUACAACUCGAAUGAAACGACGUUAACCUUAUAGUUGAAAUAUAUAUAUACGACAAUUUUGUAAAAUAUAUAACAUAUAAUAAUAUAACUUGUAAAAGUAUAGCAAAAAGUAAAUAGUAUUGCAAUAAACAAUGUAAA